AUGAGUUCAGAUAUUAGUAGAUCAGAAUCGCCAUUAGUGGAAUAUGAUGAAUCUGUAAAUAUUAUUGACUACCCAAGUUCCUUUAAUUUGCUUGAGUCUGAUGAUCGUCCAGAUAUCAGGGGUAUCACAUAUAAAUCACUGACUGAUCAUUUGAAUUGUCCUAUUUGUCAACAACCAUUUAUCAACCCUUUGACAACGAUAUGUGGUCAUACAUUCUGUAAAGAAUGUAUAUAUGAAUGUUUUAGAAUGGCAAAAAGAAAUAGUCGAAAUUCAGUUACAUCUUUGAAUAAUAACACCACUGAAGAUAUGACAGGAAACUGUCCUCUCGACCGAACUCCACUUGAUGCGGCCAAUAUCAACGAUUUAUUCCCAACACCUUUGAUUGUGACAAAUUUAAUAGAUGAAUUGAAAGUAUACUGUUUGAAUAAAGAAAGAGGUUGCGAAUGGGUAGGCACUAGAUGGGAAUUGGAGCAUCAUGUCACUGACUCAUGUGGCUAUACUGGUAUUAGAUGUAAUGGUAUCAGAGCAGAUGGAACAACAUGUCAAAUAACUAUUGAAAGAAGGUUUGAAGAUAAGAAUUCUACAGAAUGUGUACAUAAGAUUUUUGAAUGUGAAUUUUGUAAUCAGAAAUUGACAAAGAUCAAUGAGGAGAAACAUCUAGAAGAGGAAUGUUUAUUUAACUAUCAAGUGUGUGAAUUAUGUGGCAAUGAUACUAUACCACAGAAGAACAUGAAGAAACAUCAAGAAAAUUGUCUUAAAAUGGCAAAAUUUAAAUGUCCUGCUUAUGAAAUUGGAUGUCAGUGGUCAGGAACCAACGAAUCAUCAUUGGAAUUGCAUUUGGACAGCAAUUGUCAAUUGUACCAGUUUCUUCCGACGUAUACUAAAAUGAUGGAGAAAGUUAAUUCAUUAACACUGGAGAAUGAGUUUUUGCAGAAACAGAUCAAUAAAAUAUUGGAUUCCAUAAUUCAAGGGAAAAUCACUAAUCUCGGAUAUAGUGAGUCUAUUGAAGAGAUUGAUAAGUUCCUGUCGAUUGAGGAUCAAGAUAAACUAAUGUAUUUGAAUUUUGAAGUGGAUCGAUUGAAACAUGAAAUAAAUGAACGUUUGAUUCCAUUUAUGAACAAAUCACAAGUCACUGAACAAGAAAAUGUUGUAAAUAAUUUGAUUAAUGAUAAUUUUAUGAUGAGAGAAGAUAUGAAUAUGCAACGUAUGAUGAUUAAUAGUCUACGAAAACAAUUACAAUUUUUGUUAUUUGCCCGAAAUAGAAAUGGGGUCAAUGGUAGCGGACUUAUGCUGUCAUUAUUGCCCACUCAAGAUGAUCAAGAGAUGUAUGAGUUUGCAGUUUCAAGAAAUAGUUCGGAAGAAAGGCUUAAUUUGAAAUUAUAA